AUGGGCUGACUGUCUUCCUUUUGCACAUAUUCUAGUGACUUGUUGCGCUCACAGUGCGGUGUGCGCACUUCAACAGCAGCGGUCCGUGGAGUUCUUUCUUUGGGGUCCCCCACCCCCUCCCUCAGACAGCCGUGUGACCAUGGCGGGGACAUGUAGAGUGUUGAUGACGACUUGUUUGUUGUUUGUCUUUCGACUGUCCGUGGAGGGGCAGUGGGGCCGAGAAAGGGUUUAUUAUGUGGCAAUCAUCGAGGACUUGUGGGAUUAUGCGCCAAGUGGAAAAAACCUGCUCAACAACGUGGACAUCGCAAAUGAUGAGCAUGCUUCGAUAUUUCUGCAGAGAGGACCCCAGCGUAUCGGCAGAGAAUACAAAAAGGCCAUGUUCCGACAAUACACCGAUGCCACAUACAGCACACAAGCCAGCCGACCACCCUGGUUGGGCUUCCUGGGGCCCAUACUGCGAGCGGAGGUUGGCGAAGUUAUCGUGGUCCACCUGAAAAACCUUGCAUCCAGGAACUACUCGAUGCAUCCCCAUGGAGUUUUUUAUACGAAGAACAUGGAGGGAGCGCUUUAUCCAGACGGGACGUCUGGUCUGCUAAAGCAGGAUGACUCCGUACCACCAGGGGGAAGCUACACAUACCGCUGGGAGGUCAGACCCGAAUUUGCCCCCACCGAUGACGACCCCAACUGCUUGACCUGGGUCUACCACUCUCAUUUGGACGCCCCCAGGGACAUUGCGUCGGGACUGAUAGGGGCCCUGCUUACGUGCAAGAAAGGAAUCCUGAUUGAGGGUAGUGAAGGGGACACGGCUCGCAACGACGUGGACCAGGAUGUCUUCCUGAUGUUUAACAUAGUGGAUGAGAACCUGAGCUGGUACCUUGAGGAUAACAUUGAGAGCUACACGGAUCUACCCUUGGUCAUCGAGGAUGAGGACUUUGAGGAGUCAAACCUGAUGCAUGCCAUCAAUGGGUACAUGUUUGGUAACCUGCCCGGAAUUGAGCUAUGCCAGAACAGCGGAGUUGCUUGGCAUUUGUUUGGCAUGGGUAACGAGGUGGAUAUUCACUCAGCCUUUUUCCACGGGAAUACCUUACUGGACCGCGGCCACCGAACAGAUGUCCUCAGCCUUUUCCCGGCCACUUUUGCUACCGCUGAGAUGGUCCCGACUGCGAGGGGCAAGUGGUUGGUGACCUGCCAAGUUAAUGACCACCUGCAGGCCGGGAUGCAGGCCUUUUAUCAAGUGAAGUCCUGCAACAGUGAGGUCAGCUCCACAGCAAUGAGCGGUGUUGUCAGGAAUUACUACGUGGCAGCAGAGGAAGUGCUGUGGAACUAUGCUCCUUCAGGAAGAGAUCUUAUCCGAAAUGUUUCCCUGACUGAGGCCGAUAGUCCAUCGGAGACAUUUUUUGGUCAAGAUGGCGGUCGGAUUGGUGGUCGCUAUUUGAAAGUGUUAUACACAGAGUACACAGACGAUACUUUCAGCACUCAAAAAACACGGCAGUCAGAUUCUUUCCACCUGGGAAUCUUAGGUCCGAUCCUGAGGGCGGAGGAGGGAGACACCCUCAGAGUGACUUUCAAGAAUAACGCUACUGGAAACUACAGUAUUCAGCCUCAUGGCCUUCACUAUGAAAAACGCUUCCAGGGAAGCAGUUAUGACGAUGGUGUUGAUAAACCUGGCGCCCAUGUCACUCCGGGGAAAACCUUUACCUACACCUGGCAGGUGCUGGAAGGUCCGUCGUCCUCUGAUUCCCCAUGUAUCCCUUAUUUGUACUACUCUGCAACAACGCCUGUGGAGGACACCAACUCAGGAUUAGUGGGACCUCUGCUUGUGUGUGCCAAAGGAACGCUGGGAGAGAACGGAACUCAGGGUGUGGACAAGGAGUUCUUUCUUCUGUUUUCUGUCAUGGAUGAAAACCUGAGCUGGUAUUUUGCGAAGAACGUUGCGAUGUUUGGCAAGGACACAAAUGUGUUGGAUGAAGACUUCCAGGAGAGCAAUAAGAUGCACGCCGUAAAUGGUUACAUGUACGGGAACCUUCCAGGACUGGAUAUGUGUGCUGGAGAUAAAGUCAUGUGGUACACCUUCGGUCUCGGGACUGAGGUGGACAUCCACGGUGUUUACUUCCAAGGGAACACCUUCAAAAAGCAGGGCACCACGCGCGACACCAUCAGCCUCUUCCCUCACACCACUGCUACUGUGGAGAUGGAGCCAAACACUCCUGACACUUACGAGGUGAGCUGCAGGGUAACAGACCACUAUUCAGCCGGAAUGAGGCAACAGUACAGGGUGACGUCCUGCCCGGGCCGCGAAGUGAAGAGCACGCACACACUGCCCACCAAAACUGUUGAGUAUUUUAUCGCCGCUGAAGAAAUAGAGUGGGACUACUCACCUGACAGGGAGUGGGAGCUGGAGAAACACGACAGCACAUUAGAGGACAGCCCAGGCAAUAUAUUUGUGGAGAAAGGACCGAACAAAAUUGGUUCCCGCUACACAAAGGCAGUGUAUCGAGAAUACACUGAUGACACCUUCAGAGUUCAGAAGAGAAGGAAUGGCAGCCAACAGCACUUGGGAAUUUUGGGUCCACUCAUCAAGGCGGAGGUGGGAGAGCAGAUUGUGAUCACAUUUAAGAACAAAGCCAGUUAUCCAUAUGCCAUUUCUGCACACGGAGUUAAAGCCAGUGGCACUUCAAUUGCUGUGGACCCUGGCUACCUGACGAUGGUGCAGUGGGAUGUACCUGAAAGCUCUGGACCGGGGGACUCGGACCCAAACUGCAUUUCUUAUGCCUACUACUCAGACAUGGAUUUCAUCAGGGAUGUGUACAGCGGUCUUCUGGGCCCGCUGGUGGUCUGCAGGCGUGGGACUCUGAGGGGCGAGGGGCCCGACCGACAGAGGGUUGAUGUGGAGAAGGAGUUCGCUCUGCUUUUUAUGGUGCAUGAUGAAAACCAGUCUCAUUACCUGAAAGAAAACAUCAAAAAAUACCUUGGGGAGAACCCUGACAACUUCAUACCAGAUGAAGAGUUUGAGGAGAGCAACAAGAUGCACGGGAUCAAUGGUAAAUUGUAUGGUAACCUACGUGGACUGGAGAUGUCCCAGGGCCAAAAGGUUGACUGGUACUUACUCGGGAUGGGCAACGAAGUGGACAUUCACACAGUACACUUUCACGCUGAGACGUUUACCUACAAGACUGACCGCGUGCACCGCGCGGACGUCUUUGACCUCUUCCCGGGGACUUUUCAAACAGUGGAGAUGGUGGCUGGAAACCCGGGAACGUGGCUGCUCCACUGUCACGUGACCGACCAUAUCCAUGCAGGCAUGGAGACCACCUUUACAAUCAAAGAUCCAAAGAUCUCUGCACAUGCGCCAGCUACUGAAGGCUCCAUAAGGAUGCUGCUGCUCUUCGUCACAUUUGGACUUUUGGCCAUACACUGAUGGACUCUGGGGACCGUCAAACUACACUGGAACAAAAAAAUCACACUUGAAUACUGUAUAUGUUUGCUUGAGUAGCAUCACAAUAUAUCAAAGAUUGUACAAUCAUGGAUGGACUUCAAAUGUAUGUAACUACUAUAGAAACUUUGAUAUGUUGCAUCCUGUAUGUGAAUGGUUUUGGCUUUGUAUUAUGUUGCACUAUAUUCAGCGUCAUUUACUCGGCUGGGUUUGCAAAGCACUACUGCACCAAAUAUUUGAACGUACUGUACAAUAAAGCUGCUUGCAUAAUAUAUAUCUCCACAGGGUAGCGCUGAUUCCUUUUGGUAGAGCUUUUGGUAGAGAAUUUUCGUGUUUUAUAAAGCCUGCUUUUUGCUCACAGUACUGCACAUGCAGAAAGUCUAUACUGUAUGUAUUUAACUACAGUAUAUAUAAUUCUAUAUUAUACUUCACAAAAUUGGCUGUGGUUAUGAAAAGGCAAGAUGUUCUUUAAUAAAUUUGGGUCGUGUCUUCAGCUGAAAUGGAAAAGUCCUGCUUUAGUGCAUCAAGUGCA